GCGUGCGAGCGGUAUGGCGGCGGCGGGCGGUGCGGCCCAGGAGCCGCAGGCAGAGCCAGAGCCGCCGCCGCCGCAGCGGCGCGGCCUGGCGGAAGGCGACGAGACGGCGGAGCUGGCGGCGGAGCUGGCGGCGCGGCGCAGCGCGGAGACGCGGCAGUUGGUGCUGUCGCCGCGGCGGCUGUCAGGCCCGCUGCCCGCCGGGCUGUCGCAGUGGUUCCCCGCUCUAGAGGUGCUGGACGUGAGCGGGACGGGGCUGGCGGAGCUGGGCGCGGAGCUGCUGGCGUUACCGCGCCUCCACACGCUUCUAGCUAAGAACAACCGGCUGGGCGGGCCCGGUUCGCUGCCCAAGGGUCUGGGGCAGGCCGCGCUCAGCCGCUCCCUCCGCGUCCUCAACCUCAGCGGGAACCGCUUCCCCGAGGUGCCGCCCUCCCUCUUUGGGCUACGUGGGCUGCGGAGCCUCAGCCUCGGCGGCAACCGCCUCCACGGCAUCCCGCCCGACAUCCAGGAGCUCCGCAGUUUAGAGUUUCUGUACCUCGGAGGGAAUUUCAUCACUUCUAUUCCACCUGAAUUAGCAAACCUGCCUUCUCUUAGCUACCUGGUUCUGUGUGACAACAAGAUCCAGAGCAUUCCACCCCAGCUGGCACAGCUGCAUUCCCUGCGUUCUCUUAGCCUGCACAACAACCUGCUGACUUACCUGCCUCGAGAGAUCCUUAACCUGGUUCACCUGGAGGAGCUGAGCUUGCGUGGGAACCCGCUGGUGGUUCGCUUUGUCCGUGACCUGACCUACAACCCCCCGAGCCUGCUGGAGCUGGCCGGCCGCACCAUCAAGACGCGCAACGUGGCCUACGCUCCCAGCGACCUCCCCGAGAACCUCGUCCGCUACCUGAGCCUGGCCAGCAACUGUCCCAACCCUAAAUGUGGGGGUGUCUACUUCGACAGCUGCGUCAGACAAAUCAAGUUCGUCGACUUCUGUGGGAAGUAUCGGCUGCCGCUGAUGCACUACCUGUGCUCCCCCGAGUGCUCCUCUCCCUGCAGCUCUGCCUCCCAGAGCUCCACUUCCCAGAGCGAGUCUGACUCUGAGGACGAAGCCAGCGUUGCUGCUCGCAGGAUGCAGAAAGUCCUCCUGGGAUAACAGGCAGCCAGAGCAGGGGAGCGUGGGGAGUAUUUGCAAAGCAGUCACGGGACAGCGAAGCGGGGGGCUCUGGCAUGAAGGCUUCACAAGAAACUGGCCUCAAGGCCAUGGAAGGGGCAGAACAUCUUAGCAAGCCUAGGCUUGCUUGGAGCAGUGCUACUUAGGAGAGCUAACUUGGUAGCAUCCCGCCUGUAGGGUGUCUGGGGUUGUUAGAAACAUCUCCUGCCCAGGAGACUCCCUUCUGCCCUUGUGCAGGGUGAGGAGGAGGAGUCCUUCUCAC